UAGGUUGCUAUGAUCCAGGGGUGACAAAUUGCGACACAACGGAAGCAGUAAUCAAAGUUAACGAUGCUGUAAUGUCAUGUCCGAAUCCUAAAGGCGCCUGUUUAACAAUUCUUGACGGAGUUACAGGGGAAAUAGAAGAAACAAUAAACGAGAUGUCAACAAACUUGGUAGACUAUCUACCCAUGUUAUCGAGCAAACCUAAGAAAUUGAUCCUCGGAACAGUAAAAGGAACGUGGUCCACGCCAAGAGAUCGUCGCUCUUUACGCAUUCUUCGCCGUUAUUUGUACAGGCUUCGUGUUUUUGGACGACGAGUUUACUUCCGCAACGCAUCAUUUGCUUUUAUUGGAUGGUCUGGCCCGGGAAGAGUCAGCGUCACUAGAGGAGUUUAUACAAAUGCCAGAAGAGGACCAAGUGUCAUUUCGAGGAAAAUUUAUUUCCCAUUGGCAUGAAGGAUUCUGAAUGAAUACUCCUAUAUAUCGUAAUUACUGCACAAGAAGCACAUACGCACACAUAAACUGAAUUGGCAAGUGUGAUCGUAGAUAAAUUACCAGCACAUUGUGAUGUAAUCACCACAACAAGAGUAGUGUUCAGAACUAACAUGCAUGUAUCAUAUAUUUUAUGCCUGCAACUAUAUGCACCUACAUGCCUCAGCUGUAAACCAUAGCGAAACUGAUACCCUGGUUCACAAGUUGAAUGUCCAGAUCGUACCCUAUAACGGGUUGUAGAUCAGUAAUCAGAGUUACAUCAUAAGUUCAGUUAUUCCGUAAUUAAAUUAGUAUUAUCUGUACUUUCUGAGUCUGUUGUUUAACAAAUAUUGGGAAGAGCCUUGUGUACAGUAGAUUAAGGAGGGCACAGAGUUAUUUUUAUUUUCCUAUCUCAAGAAAUGGUGGUUAUAUUAUAGUUGGUGGUUAGCCUAUGAUUCUGUCCUGCCGUUGUCUGUAAAGUGCGUUAUAUCUACAAUCCGGCCUCGUACCCACGUUCUGUACUGGAAAUUAACAUCGCAUUCAGGCGCUAUAUACAGAUCAACUAGAAAAAGACAACGCGCGGGGGUGCUUGGGGUGGUUUUGACUUCAAUAAGUAGCUGAAUGCAGAUUCCAAUGAGGCACUUGGGUCCUAUACGUGGACUAGUAUAAUUAGGGCUAAUUGCAAA